UCAGUCGGGGCCAGACGGGCAUAGCAGACGUUAGACUUUAUGCUUUAUACCCAAAAAGGAUAUCAUAAAAAUAAAUUAUAGCACAGCAAGAAAUAUUGAAAUACACCUGGAAUAUUUGAACGUAUCAAUUUUUUUUUCUUUCUUUCUUUCUUUUUUUUUUUUAUUUAAGGAGAUGUUGUUUUUUCAUCGCUGCGGCGAUUAUAUUCUUCUAUAAAAUAGCCGAUGUGGACCCACACCGGGCUUGUAAAAGAAUAAAUAAAUGCCUUCAAUGGGUGUUAUUUCAUAUUUUUGUUUACCAGUCUGAUUAGUAAUCAAGAAAGGUCUAGGUGAAUUGGAUAUUCUCUGGAAACUUUAAUAAAAAAAAGACAUAACCUGUAACCUGAAUCAAUUGCUGAAACGCAUAUUUCCACGCCACACUAGGCACUGAUUCCCUGCAUGCUGAACCUGAAAUAGAUUUACCGGUAUAAUCAUUAAUUUACCAUUGAGCGCCAGCCAGCUGGACACUUACAAUUAAAACAAACCACACCAUGCUCAGUGCAUGAUGGCUUUCUGGGAAUUUUCAACCUUGUGAUAAAUGCAAAUCAGAUUAUGAAGUUAUUAUUACACUGUGUCAGAGACGGGUAAAAUGGAAACCCCUUUCUAUCACGAUGAUGCCGUGAGUCUCCAAAAUGCUGGACAAAUCCCAGACUACAGCACCAGGUAUUCGAGCCAGAAAAUAAUGAGCAAGAAAAACAUGGCUGCGCAGAAUUUCUCAGGUCCUGUGGGCAACAACUCGGGUUUGAAGCUUUUACCUGGACAGAGUGGCUGCAAUGGCAAUUUAAAUUCGAAUAAUCCUGGUGUUGACAAUAACACAGCUGGCUCUUUAAUGUCUUCUACAGAUGUGAACCUCUUAAAGCUGUCCUCUCCUGAUUUGGAACACCUUAUCAUCCAGUCUAACCAGGGGCUUGUUACCACCAGUCCUGCCCCAAACUCCACCGGUAACCCUUUUAUGUACAGAAACCAGGUCACCAAUGAGCAGGAGGGCUUUGCUGAUGGAUUUGUGAAAGCCCUGGCAGAUCUCCAUAAACAGAAUCAGCUCGUCGGGUCUCCCAUCUCUCCAUCCUCCACAAUGCAGGUACCUUUCCAGAGAAAUGUCCUUCCCAGUGGAGAGAUGCCCAUUUACACCAACUUGACACCGAGCUACAACCAUGGCCAGAUCACUGUUUCUGCUUCCUAUUCAGGAGGUCAGAACCCCUACACUGUCACUGGUCAUGGAUCAGUGCACCCUGGUCUUGGGCAAGGACAUCAUCCCAUUGGGAGGGGGAUAGACGAGCCCCAGACAGUGCCAGAAGUGCCCCACCUCCCAGGGGACCCCUCCAGCUCUCCACUCACCCUCUCCCCCAUUGACCUGGAGACCCAGGAGAGGAUCAAAGCCGAGCGCAAGAGGCUGAGGAAUCGCAUCGCCGCUUCUAAGUGCAGGAAGAGGAAGCUGGAGAGAAUUUCCCGCCUGGAGGAAAAAGUCAAGGUACUGAAGACACAAAACUCAGACCUGGCCUCCACAGCUAAUGUCCUGAGAGAGCAGGUGUCACAGCUCAAACAUAAAGUCAUGAAUCAUGUCACCAAUGGGUGCCAGAUAGCAGUGAGCACAGCUACCCUGGCAAAGAGUGGGGAAAGUGCCAGCUGCUGAACCACCUGUGUGUUUGAGUCACUGUGAAGAAAUGACACAGUAAAGAAAGAUUUCUCAAGCAGCUCUGCAAUGUAAGGCAUCUAUAAGGGUACCCAUACUAUGCCCGUACUGAAUUUCAGAACUGUGAUUUAAAGAACAAAAAUGGGAGGAAAAACUUUGGGGUGGAGCCCAAUAAUAACAUUGAGAUUGGGUUUGUUAACACAUAGUAGCCCUUGACUGGUGCCAUUUAUUGAAUCUCAGACUUUGCACAUCUAUACAUAAUUUAUAUCAAAAAGGGAAAAUAUACCUCACAACCUUUACAUUGUGGGUUACAAUCCGUAAGACUCCAGCAAGCAAUGAGCAAACCAAACUUAGAAAUGCAAACUAUGGGCAGACUAUUCAGACACAUUUAUUUUAAGGAACUGUUGUUUUACAAUUGGAAACAUAUCAUUUGAUGCAGGAAGGAGGUUCUUGAUUUUUUUCGACAGCAUCCAAAGGGACAGCACUUCUUGAACACCCACAUUCAAAAAUGUGACUCAGUACAAACGUAAGCUUUCAGAUAUUACUGCUUUAUGAUGUCACUUCUUAAAGGAAAUAGUUUCUCUUACUACAAACCUCUUUUUGAAUUUGAAAAGGAACAUAUGAUAAAGUGUAUCAUAAUGUGAAUUUUAUUUUUAUGUAAACUGUUUUACAGAAUAAUAGGUGUGCAAGGUACCAUUUAAGGUCUACAUACUGUAUGUACUGUAUUUAAGUUGUGGCUACAGCCAUAUUAGAAUGUUUUUGUUUGUUUCAAAUUAAUUCUGUAAUUCUCCAAUCAAGAUGCUUUUUAACCUUGUAUUGGCAAUAUCACUAUAUUACAUCAGAUUACAUGAAAAAGUAUUUAGUGUAUUGUAUGUUUAAGCUUAAAGUGGGCAGUUUAUGUUCACAAAAUUACCAAUACCCCCUGCUCAUAUUUAAACUGUAACUUUAUGAAUUACUGAUAUCACUCCAUGACUGAGAAAUGCUCAGAUGCUACAUUUACUCUAAAAGUGGAUAACCAUAGAACAUUUCUUUACUUAUGCUUUUUGCAUAUUGUGUAAAAAAAAUAAUAAUACUUUACACACAUUGAAUUAGCAGAGGGCUUAGAUUUGUAUAGUCUUUAAACACAUGUGUUUCUAUUCUUUUAAAGAUGCUGAAGCGGUAUGUAAGAAUUUAUUUAUGCAAAAAAAUGCAUCUUUACUAUUUAUGUUGUUUGUGUAAAAAUGUUUAAAUAAAAAGAUGAGUGUCUGGCAGACACUUGUAUUGUUUUGGGAACUAAACAUUGCACUUGAAACAAAAAAAAACAUUAAAUAAUGUCUAAUAUUUAUGCUAUAUUAUUGUUAAAUAUGUAGGGAAAUUAUAUACAGUGUCAAAGAAGGAAUUUGUUGGAGUGACAUUUCUUGAGUAGACAUGUAUAAGUAUUUUUUUUUUAUGGAAGCUAUUAGGAUGAUUCAUUUCCUAAAAUAUAGGGAAUCUUACUUAAAAAUUGCAAAGUUUGUCGCACCCAAAAUUAAACUUUUGCUGUUUGUGUAACUACUCAGAUUGUUCCCUUGCUAUGUAGCAAUUUACUGAUUUAUUUGAAGUACAGGUUCUAUCUCUGACUUUGCAAUGAAUGCAUAAAGAACUGUUCAGCCUUGAUAUCAAGCAGUUGCUUACAGUUUGUGUUUGAACAUUGAUAGUAACACAUUUGUUUUUGAGUGCACUGAAUAAUUGCUAAAUGCCUUCCAUAUAUUGAGAGUGAACUUUAAAGUGAAAUGUAAAGCUGUUACCGAACAUCAAGUGUUGUUAAGAAUAUAUUUAUUUUUUGAAACUUGAAUACGGUUUUUGAUGUUGACUACAGUUAUAUUUUUAUAUAAAAAACGUAAAGUUCUCGAUAAAAAGAGGACAGUGUGAAAGAGUAAAGAGGUACUACCUUAACUGUUUAUUAAACUUUGACCAUUCCAGCAAGCGUUAAUUUAUUAAGGUUGUAUUCAAAGGGCAGUCCUAGAAUAUAUAU